AUGGCUCUCCCACCCAAGUUCUCCGGGCAAUUGCUCACGACGGCGACCAACUCACAGGCAAAGCACACCAUCGAGUUGUACCUCGACUACGUCUGCCCGUUCUCCGCCAAGAUCUUCAAGACAUUCUACACCGAAGUCCAGCCAGUCAUAGAAAAGCAGUACGCCUCACCUGGAGUCCGCGUGAUUUUCCGCCAGCAAAUCCAGCCAUGGCACCCUUCUUCGACGCUCACGCAUGAAGCUGGCGCGGCGGUCCUCCGCACAGCGCCUCAAUCAUUCUGGGCGUUUUCGGAGAAGCUGUUUGAGGAACAGAAGGAGUACUUUGAUGUCAAUGUUGUUAACGAAAGUCGAAAUGACACAUACAAAAGACUGGCCAAAUUGGCUGGGUCAGUGGAUGGUAUUGACGAGAAAACUAUUUACGACUUGCUUGUGGUUUCCGAUCAGCCCGGCCCGGAUGGAAGCCUCAACAUUGGAAAUAAGGUGACUGAUGACGUGAAGUUCCAAGUCAAGGCCAACAGGGUGACUGGCGUUCAUGUCACUCCAACGGUGCUUUUCAAUGGCGUUGAAGAACGCAGUAUCGGCUCGUCCUGGACUGUUGAGCAGUGGGAAGAGUGGCUGAGGAAGAAUGUCAGUUGA